AUGUGUCUGUGGUGGCGCUUACUCGCUGUUGUUCUUUUAUCGAAUGGUGUUAAUUAUUGUUUCUCAGUGGUAUUGCUUGCAAAUGAUUCGAAUUUCAAUUCAUUAAUCUCUGGAUAUGAUUUAACACUAUUAAAAUUCUCAGCGGAAUGGUGUCAUUUCAGUCAAAUGUUGGCACCGAUUUUUGAGCAAACAUCAGAGAAAAUUACUGAAUUAACAAAGAAUGGUAAAGCUGCUCUUAUUACAAUCGAUUGUGAAGCUAGUCAAAAUUUAUGCAGUAAAGAAAAUAUUCGUAAAUAUCCAACAGUGAAAGUUUCUAAAUAUGGUAAAAUUUUGAAACGUGAGUAUCGUGAUCAACGAACUGUUGAGGCAUUUGUCAAAUUCAUCGAAGAUAACUUGAAAUCUCCUGUGGAUAUUGUGAAUGGACAAGGAAUGACACCUGAUCGUGUCAUUAAUUUGAAGGUGUGGACAAAUAAAAGUAGUGAGAAGAAUACAAUUUUGGCGCUUGUCAACGAUAUAAAUGCACCAAAUUCUCAUGUAAAUACCUUUAAGAUGGUAGCAUCAAUUGAACGUGAUUCCUGUGCGUUUCAGAUAGUUUAUAAUCUCACAAUGAAUGAUGAACGACUUGCCUUGUAUGACCCUGUGGUGAAUAAAAUUACAGCUGCGACAAUUUUAAAGAAUGCUGACUUAACAGCAGUACAUAAUUGGGUUAAAAAACAAUGCACAAAUCUUGUACGUGAAUUGACCUUUGCAAAUGCUGAAGAGAUCACCGAAGAACGCUUACCGUUGAUGCUAUUAUUUUAUCAUCCAAAAAAUAAGACAAUAGUUAGUCGUUUUGUCGAAUUCGCUAGGAAUCAUUUAACUGAACAUCAAUCUACCAUCAAUAUUGUAACAGCUGAUGGGAUGACAUUUUCACAUCCUUUAGCACAUUUAGGCAAAUCAGAGGUUGAUUUACCAUUUAUAUGCCUAGAUUCAUUUGCUCAUAUGUAUGUUUUCCCUGGAACGGUUGAAACAGCAAUAAGUGAUCCUAAAUAUUUGAACCAAUUUGUCGAAGAUUUGAAGUCUGGUAAACUUCAUCUAGAAUACCAUUAUGGAUCUAAUGUGCUUACAUCGACUACAACUUCAGAUAAUGAAGAAUCUGUUAAGACAACACCGCACGCCUCUGUAUUUCAACGCUUAACUCCAUCAAGAAUGAGAUACACAAUUAUUCAUGAUGAAUUCUAG